GAUGUGGCAGCUCUGUGGUAUUUUUAGAUAGGCAGCACUUUUUUUGAGCGCCGUCAGUUUGAAUUUAAAAUUAUGUCAGAUGGGAACGACACUCUGCGUAGACCGCUCUGGCCAAGACCAGUGGGCACAUCUAUAGCCAUUUUCUCAAUGGGAUCGGGAGUGCUCGCUACUUACCUGUUUCUGUCAAAAUUAAACGGCGUUUCGAAUGCAGUUCAAAUCGUCUGGGCCACAGGAUCCGCCGCGUAUGCUGUUACAGCUUUCUUUUUCCUCGUUGGUAUUUUGAAGAGAAUCCGAUGGCUGAUGAUGCCCUUUAUGUGCAUGCUUCUGAUGGCCAUUGCCGUGUAUACCAUGGUCUUUGACUUCAUUAUCCAUAAUCUGGCGAUUGCAGUUUUCGCAGCCGUGACUGUAAGCUUCAUUUUUCUAGGUCUGGCUCUGCACAUUGCCAGAACAGAGACAAGAAGUAGGCCUGACAGAUCUACGAUGGCCUUGUCAUAAAAUUGGUCGCAGAUGUGUAGUUUUUCAAAAACCCAUUGUCGAAAUUUUCAGCAAACUGAAUAAUAAAGCUUAAAAAAUCAAA